CGAUUCUGCAUUUUAUCUCUUUUUAAAAUUUAGAUAAUGCAUUAUUAUUGCAUUAGUAUGAGCAUUUAGCUUUCGACUAUUUGUGAAGAGCUGCUUGGUUAAAUAAAUUACUUUAUUAAAUAAGUACUUUUUCUCAACACUUUUUGAAUAUAGUCUUUAAAAAACGAACAAAAGUCAUCUAUAUUGAUGCCAGAAAGAUUGCUUACAUCUUUUUCCGAAAGUAGUAGUAAUACUAAUCCAGUUAACAAGAUAUUCACUAACAACUCAAGUUACGCUCGCGGUACGAGUAUUAGCUCUUUAAACAACUCAUCAAAUGUAAGUAGUUUUAAAAAUAGUUAUUCACAUUCGAGCAAUACUGCGGAACAUGCUUUAUUAAAUCGUCUAUCAACUAAGAGUAUUGUUCCAAAAAUCAACUAUGAAUUUUGCAAAAAAGUCAGAGUGUCAAUGGCACUACUUGGUAUACUAUUACUCGUUGCUGCAAUUUUUAUGCUGAGUUUUUAUUUGCCAAAGCAGUAUGAAAAUGUUACUAAAAAAGAUGAAACUAAUAAAAAGGAUUUCGAAUGGGAUAAAAAUAUCUACUUUAAAGAUAUGGUCUUAAAUUUAGCUAAUAACUUUUCAAAAAAAGAAUAUGAUAAUCAACAUAAUUUUGCAUUGAAUGUUUUUUUUGGAGAAUUAUUAUCAGAUGCUGCAAAGCAAAACUCUACACUAAUAAAAAAAGAAAGAUUUAUCGAAAUGACCUUUUAUGACGAUGAACUAAUAACAUUUACCAUAACCAAGCAAAACUUUAGUGAACAAUGUUAUGAAAUCCAUUGGAAAGCUAAAUAUCAUACAAAACUUCAAGAUUGCUUUGAUAUCAAAAAUUCACAUUGGUUUGGUUUAGGUGAGUUAUUUUCACAAAAAUGGCCUUUAAAUAAAGUAACUUUUCCAAUGACUCCAUUUUUAACAUCUGAUUUUCUAGACAAAUACCAGCCAAAAUUAUUUGGAGGUGUUUUAGAGCCUCUAAUAGUGAAUUCUGUGGGUGGCGGAAUAUAUGUUGCUGAUUAUGUUCCAUUACAUGUUAGUAUGAAUGAUAAUACUUUGUCUAGGUUUUGUAUUAAAGCUGACUAUAACAACUAUCAUAUGGCAUACACUGAUAGCUUAAGUAAUGAGCUUAAUUACACAAUUUGCACUGCUGAUAACAUUAAGAAAGUGCAUAAAUUACUUUUUGAUCAAUUUAUUAAUAAACCAGAUGGUGUUCCUGAUAGAGAAAUGUUUACUAAACCAAUUUGGUCAACAUGGGUUCGAUAUCAAAAAAAUAUUAAUGGUGUUAAGUUGAAGGAAUUUGUUAAUGAAAUUAAAGCGCAUAACUUUGAAGGGAGUCAAAUAGAAAUAGAUGACCAAUAUUCCAGUGCAUAUGGUGAUUAUGACUUUGAUAAUAAAAAAUUUCCAGAUAUCAACAAAAUUAUUGAACAAAUCAAAGAAGCUGGAUUCCGUAUUACAGUUUGGGUUUAUCCUUUUUCAAAUAUUGGAUCAAAAAGUUUGAAUCAUUACAAAGAUUUUGUUGUUGUUGGAGAGAAACGAAUACCAGGACUGACAGAAUGGUGGGAUGGAAUUGGUGCAAUAAUAGAUACAACAAGUGAAAGUGCCAGUCAAAACUUCAUUAACAGAUUGCUUGAUUUCAAAAAGCUAGGGAUUGAUGGUUUCAAAUUUGAUGCAGGUGAAGUGAACUACUUGCCAUACAUGUAUAAACUAAACACACCACAAGUUAAUCCAAAUUACUUUAGCUAUAACUAUGUAAAGAUAGCAUCCGCUAUACCAGGAAACCUCUCAGAAGUUAGAGUGGGUUAUAAAUCACAAAGGUUUUCAGUUUUUGUGAGAAUUCUUGACCGUUCAACUAUAUGGGAAGUUCAUAAUGGUUUAAGAUCAGUUUUAACAGCUGUUCUUACUUUAGGCAUUCUUGGUUAUCCAUUUAUUUUACCAGAUAUGGUAGGUGGUAAUACUUGUAAUUACAAACCAGAUUGUAAUUAUAAAUACAAACUAAAUCGUGAGUUAUAUGUUCGUUGGACACAACUAAGUAUUUUUUUACCAGCUAUUCAAUUUUCUGUAACCCCAUGGGAUUAUGAUAAAGAUGUUGUUACAUUAGUUCAAAGUGCUUUAAUGAUUAGAAAGAAUUUAUCAGACGAAAUUUACAAAGCUGCUUGUGAAGCUAAAUCAACAGGUAAUCCUAUCAUUCGUCCACUAUGGUGGUACUGGCCAUAUGAUAAAGAAGCAAUUAUCACAGACUCUCAAUUUAUGCUUGGAGAAAAUUUUCUGAUUACACCAGUUCUUGAUCAAAACGUUGUCUUGCAUCAGGUUUAUUUACCAGUCGGUAUUUGGGAAAAGCAAUGGGGUGAAAGAACAAUAUUUAAUAUUACUAAGGGCAGUUUCCACAACUUCAUUGUGACAUUGUCUGAUAUAUGUUAUUUUAAACUUGUAAAAACAUAGCGUUUUAUAAAAAUGUGGCCUAGUCUUACAUUUUAUUAAAGGAUGUUUAAAAGGUUUUUUAAUCUUUACAUUUGCUAAAUUUUUGCUAAUUUUUUAUUUGUUAAUGUAUAAAUUUGUAGUCAUCUUUAUUACAUAUAAGUUUUAAUUUUUCUAUGAAUUUUUUAUGAAUAUAUCAAUUUACCUUAACUUUUUAA